UCUGUUCUUCUUCUUGAAGUCAAGAAAUAAACAGAGCUAAAAUGUCUCUAGUCUCCUUUUCUCCAACAUCUCUUAAAUUCACCUUCUUCGCCAUUAUCAUCUCAGGUUUCGUUUUCAUCAUCACUCGAUGGAAUUCAAGGUCUAAGAAACGUCUAAACCUUCCUCCAGGUCCGCCAGGUUGGCCGGUGGUCGGAAACUUAUUCCAAUUCGCGCGCUCCGGGAAGCCGUUUUUCGAAUACGCAGAGGAGCUCAAGAAAACGUAUGGCCCGAUUUUCACACUGAGAAUGGGGACUCGUACAAUGAUCAUCCUCUCCGACGCGUCUCUAGUCCAAGAAGCUUUGAUCCAACGCGGUGCUCUGUUCGCUUCCCGACCCGCCGAGAAUCCGACCCGAACAAUCUUCAGCUGCAACAAAUUCACCGUCAACGCCGCUAAAUACGGUCCAGUGUGGCGAUCUCUGAGAAGAAACAUGGUGCAGAACAUGCUAAGCUCGACACGCCUCAAGGAAUUCGGGAGAUUGAGACAAUCCGCCAUGGAUAAGCUCAUCGAGAGGAUCAAAUCGGAAGCUAGAGACAACGACGGACUAAUCUGGGUUCUUAAAAACGCAAGAUUCGCUGCGUUUUGUAUUCUCUUAGAAAUGUGUUUCGGAAUCGAGAUGGAUGAAGAAUCGAUCGAGAAGAUGGACGAGAUUUUGAAAACUGUGUUAAUGACCGUUGAUCCACGAAUCGACGAUUAUCUUCCGAUUCUUGCUCCGUUCUUCUCUAAAGAAAGGAAACGAGCUCUCGAAGUUCGCCGUGAACAAGUCGAUUACGUUGUCGGAGUUAUCGAGAGACGAAGGAGAGCGAUUCAGAAUCCAGGAUCUGAUAAAACGGCGUCGUCUUUCUCCUACUUAGAUACACUCUUCGACUUAAAAAUCGAAGGUCGUAAAACGACGCCGUCUAACGAAGAGCUCGUGACUCUCUGCUCUGAGUUUCUCAACGGUGGUACUGAUACGACGGGGACGGCGAUCGAGUGGGGGAUAGCUCAGCUGAUUGCGAAUCCUGAGAUUCAAUCUCGACUCUACGAUGAGAUUAAAUCAACGGUGGGAGAUGAUCGUAGGGUUGAUGAGAAAGAUGUGGAUAAAAUGGUCUUUUUACAAGCUUUUGUUAAGGAGCUUCUCCGGAAACAUCCGCCGACUUAUUUUUCUCUGACGCACGCCGUCAUGGAGACGACGACGCUUGCCGGUUAUGAUAUUCCCGCCGGCGUUAACGUCGAGAUUUAUCUUCCGGGUAUAAGCGAGGAUCCGAGAAUUUGGAAUAACCCGAAAAAGUUUGAUCCGGACCGGUUUAUGUUGGGUAAGGAAGAUGCUGACAUAACCGGGAUAAGUGGAGUGAAGAUGAUUCCGUUUGGUGUGGGCCGUAGGAUCUGUCCAGGGCUUGCAAUGGCAACCGUACACGUGCAUUUGAUGCUUGCGCGGAUGGUUCAGGAGUUCGAGUGGUGUGCUUAUCCGCCGGGAAGUGAGAUUGAUUUCGCCGGUAAAUUGGAAUUUACGGUGGUGAUGAAGAAUCCGUUGAGACCUAUGGUCAAACCAAGGAUUUAAUCUUUAUUUGUUUUUUUUUAAAUAAGAAUAUCAACAUUAUUGUAAGGUGUGUUUGCUUAUAAACUUUUCAAGUACCC